CAUCGCCAGCCCAGCAGUGUCUGCUCAGUGGCUGCUGCUAUGGUAAUGGUGCGUGGAGCAUCGAGACGUUAGUGGUCAUAUUAACGUCCCGGUUUAGACUUAAAAGCGAGUAGAGACGCGGAAGUAAACAAAAAAGGACUUACGCAUUGGAGAAUAUGAACACAGUGGACGCACCAUGCCGACCCGCCGCCUCUCUGAAAUUCACUAUUGACAACAUCCUCAAUCUCAAAACAAGCGGGAGGAACAGUGGCAGUUGUCACUCCGCCGGGCUGCAGGAUGACUCGUCCACGGCGAUGCGUAAAGACGGUUUCCAGAGCCAUCAUGAGGAGCAUGUAGCCAAGCAGCGACAGGACCCGGGCAGCAGGCUUAACGAAAAAGAGUUGAUCACAGUCUGCAGCGGAGCAACGGACACGGUAAUCAUCAGCCGCGGAGACCCGAAGAAGGCGACGGAUGUGCGCUUCGACAGCGGGGACAGCAGCUGCGACGACAGCAGCUCCACCACCACGGCCACGGACAACCACAAGGGAGGCAACCCCGCCAAGAAGAACAAAAUGAUAACGAAAAAGAAAACACGCACUAUCUUUUCCAAGAGACAGAUUUUCCAGUUGGAGUCUACCUUCGACAUGAAACGCUAUCUGAGCAGCGCAGAGCGCGCCUGCCUCGCCAGUUCGCUCCAGCUCACGGAGACCCAGGUGAAAAUAUGGUUUCAGAAUCGCAGGAAUAAAUUGAAACGACAAAUCUCGACCGAAAUCGACGGACCUGUUACCGAUUUCCCCGAGACUGGAAAGCCCGUGGUGAUGGGGCAGCUCCCGGCCUUGUACAAAGAGAGCAACCUGCUGGGGAGAUGCCUGCUGCCCAUGCCUCUGCCCGUUGUAUACCCGGGGAGCAGCACGCCUUAUCUCUGCUUCACAAAUGCCAGCAAGUAUUUCAGCCUGUAUGAUGGGGACGUAUGAUGGCGUCAUUAAUUCUUCACGUGAAAGAGACACUUUUUGGUGGUCUGUAGCGAAGUUUCAAGCAUUUGAAGGUGUUUAGAUGGUGGGCCAGACCUGCGGCCUUAGCCUACUGUUUAUGAAGACUGCAAGUACAACAACAGAGGAGUAGUUGCAUAUCACUUACAUUUUUUUGCUGAUUCGGUAUUAUUUAUUAUUCCGUCAAAGCUAUGGGUUUUGUAUAGGCCCGACACUAAACCUGCGAGAGGAACACAUAGCCGCUUUAUAGGAAAUAGCAGGCUAAGCUAAUGAUAGCCUGAAGGAGGCCUAAAACGUAAUCUAUCCCAACAUUUUAUUGUUUACAUGACAUGGCAUUAUUAUUAUUAUUAUUAUUAUUAUUAUUAUUAUUAUUAUUAUUAUUAUUAUUAUUAUUAUUAUUAUCGACAGCAGCAUUUCCAGCAGCCUACGCCACCAAAGAAAUUAUAGCCUAGCUAUUUGCAUGCAUUUACUGUAUCAUAAUGAAUUUUGAAUUACUGAAAUUAUCUAUGUAUUUAAAUGAAUGUAAUUAACAUUUUAUUAUAUCUUUCACGCAU